CUCACUGUCUCCCCUCUUUGAGUAGAGAGACUAGAGAGGGUGCGCAUAUCCUUAAUAAGCGCUGGCCACUCUUGCUGUCUUCUUCUUCUACUCGGAUUCUAGUUUCACCUUAACAAUUUCGGGUAGAUUUUCAGGUAACUAACUGUUUGUUCUUUAUUUUUUCUCCCAUGUUUUUAAGUUAUAUUGGACUUUUCUUUUUGGUUUUUCUUUGUUUUUGAUUGUUCAGAGAUUUGUAAUUUGUAAAAAUACGAGCUGGGUUCAUCGUAGAACGCGAAUUUGUUGUUGGGUUUCCAGCAUAUCUGUAUAUUUGAGCAGAUAAUCGGUGUUGGGUUGAUUAUUUUCGGUCCAACUGUGAUUGUUUGGACCUGUUAGGGGAUAUUUGAGUGCAGUGUUUUUUUUUUAUUUUUUUAUUUUUUUAUUUUUUGGUGAUUUUUGUUUGGGUUUAAUUCUUUUUUCGUUGUGGGGGGUUUUGUUGGAUUCGUAUAAGAAAUAAUGGGAAAAAAGAUUAAAAAGAAGACACGAAACAGUGGACAUAGGGAUAGACGAGUUUCUUCUGGUUCUCCUCGAACCAUUCCCAAGCACUCGAAUCCAACAGAUGAGACUAGGGAUGAUGAAUAUUCAGUAGUAAAAGAGAGAAAGGGAUGCACACAUCUUGGGGAGGUUGAUUUGGAGAAAGUGUCUUCAAAAAUCGGGUCAUCGGAGCCUGUUAGGUGUGAAGGUUGCAUGGAAGGUGCUCCUGACCGAAGGGCAGGUAAGGAAAAAAGUAAACAUGGGAAGAAGAAAGGAAGAGGUCCUACAGAUGUAAAGUCGGAGACUAAUAAAUCCAUUUGGGUCUGUUUGAGUUGUGGGCAUUUUGCUUGUGGAGGGAUUGGGUUGCCGACAACACCUCAAAGCCAUGCCAUUCAACACUUCAGAUUUACCCGUCACCCCUGUGUAAUUCAGUUGGAUAACCCUCAUCUUGGCUGGUGUUUUCCCUGUAAUUUUCUAAUUCCAGUUGAAAAAUCAGAAGAGAAUGGUGAACAGAAAGAUAUCUUAUCUGAUAUUACGAAAUUGAUCAAGGGACGAUCACCAGAAGUCUCCUCAGUUGAUGUUGAAGACAUUUGGUUUGGAGGUGGAUCACAAGUUUUAGAUGGUGGUGACAAGACGAAGCUAGGUGAGGUCGAAUCACAAGUUUUAGAUGGAAAGGGUGGUGGUGGUUAUACAGUUUGUGGCUUGGUUAACCUAGGGAAUACCUGCUUCUUUAAUUCUGUAAUGCAGAACCUAUUUGCAAUGGAUUUGUUGCGGGAUUACUUCAUGAAGCUGGAUCAAUCUUUUGGGCCCCUGACUAUGGCAUUGAAAAAGCUCAUCAAUGAAACAAGUCUGGAGGUGGACUCAAAGAAUGGGUUGAACCCAAAAGCCUUGUUUGGAUGCAUUUGUUCGAAAUCCCCCCAAUUUAGGGGAUAUCAGCAACAAGACAGCCAUGAGCUACUCCAUUUCUUACUCGAUGGCCUAUGUACUGAGGAAUUGAGUGCAAGAAAAUUACUCAGUUCUACUGGAAAUGAUGGGAUGACUUCAAAUCAGGGUUCUACUUUUGUGGAUAUGAUAUUUGGAGGCCAACUCUCUAGUACUGUUUGCUGUGUAGAAUGUGGGCAUUCCUCGGUUGUUUUUGAACCCUUCCUAGAUCUUUCACUGCCAGUCCCAACUAAAAAACCUCCAUCUAAUAAAGCACCCCUAUUCUCCCGUCCAAGAAAAACAAAGCUUCCUAUUAAGAAAGGUGGAAGGGCUCGCCUAAAGGGCAAUACUAAUACCACCCCUCCAUUGGUUCAAAGUGAGCCAGGCCCAUCAGAAAGCAGUGGGUCAUCUUGCCUGGUACAAUCUAGUGUGCCUGUUGCAAAACAGAUGGAUGCUUUAGUUGAUGAUAUUACAUGGUUAGAUUAUGCGGGAGCAGGUGAAGUGUCUAAUGACUUUGAUUUGGUUUCACAAAAUUUUGAUGUCCCAUCUAUUCAAGAUGCUGAAGAGAAGCAAAUCUUUCAGAAUUCUGCAGAGCAAACAGUUCCUUCCUUGGAUCAGCUUUCAUGGUUGGAUUACAUUGACCCAAUUAAAGAACCUAGUGACCAGGAUUUAGUUUCACAAAACUAUGAUAUCUCAGUCGUUGAAGAUUAUGAAAACAAGCAACUGACCCCAAGCAGCAGGCUACAGAAUAACUCUGAUUCACAUAGUAGGGCUUGUUCACCAAAUGGAGAAUCAAAACUGGAAUUUGCUUCUUCUCAGAGUAAUACCUGUGAGGAUGAGCCCCCUUUACAGAUUCAAGGUUCUGAAGUUCUGUUACUUCCCUACAAGGAUGAUAACUCAAACAAUGAGGAGACGAUUAGAAAAGAAUGUGACCCCUCCACAUCUGUUGUAGGCUGUGAAUAUGAUACAUUUGAUGGCUUGGGUGACCUAUUUAAUGAGCCUGAGAUGCCUGCUGUCUCUAAUGCAGAAUCCUGGUUAUGUGACAAGAAUUUUCAGUGCCAGGCAAGUGAAGUGACAGAAACAAGUUUCUUAGCUGGAAACAGUAGUGAUUCUGGUCCAGAUGAAGUUGAUAACACAGAUGCUCCAGUCUCUAUAGAUAGUUGUUUGGCUCAUUUUACAAAACCUGAGAUUCUAUCUAAUGAGCAUGCUUGGCAUUGUGAGAGGUGUUCGAAGAUCUUGCGAAGCCAAAGGAGGAAAUAUAAAAAUGACUACCAACAAACCACACCAAAGACCAGGGCAAAUGCAGAUGAAAUAAGAAGGUUAAAUAAUUGUCCAUUGGGUUCAGAUGAGAAUUCCAUGCAUCCUACUAAAUACAGGCAGUUAGGUAAUGGAAAGCUUGAAGGUGAUACUGUUUCCACCUCCACUGCUGAAUCUGCAAGUCUUGACCUUGAGAUACCUGGUUAUUCAAACCCAAAAUGCACCAAUUGCGAAAAUGGUCAAAUGAGUAAGGAAAGGGGUGCAGGGUUGGUAGACCCUGUGUCAAAUUGUCUAGUCAACAAGUCAAAAUUUUCUCAAGGGGAUACAUGUAUUGGUGAAUCGAGUCUUACUUCUCAAGAGCCAUUACUAACUUUGGAUCAGUCUGAAUCUAGUACUGAAGUGACUUUUGGGGAUCAAAUCACUGAUUCAUGUGGUGUGGAUGAUUCUACUAGUAUGUUAUGCAAUUCCAGUAAAACCGAACCUCAGGUUUUCCAGUUAUUGGGUAGAGUUCAUGAACCAGAUGACAGUGAUGAUGAAGAAAUGGAUUCUGAAAAUCUCAAGGUCAAGAGGGAUGCAACUAAAAGGGUUCUCAUCAAUAGGGCCCCACCUAUUCUCACCAUUCACCUUAAACGGUUCAGUCAAGAUGCUCAUGGCCGCUUGAGUAAAUUGAAUGGUUAUGUCAUUUUCAGAGAUGUGAUUGAUCUUAGGCCAUAUAUGGAUUCCAGGUGUGGAGAAGAAAGAGAGAAGUGUGAGUACCGUCUGGUUGGUGUAGUGGAGCACUCUGGGACCAUGAGAGGAGGCCAUUAUGUGGCUUAUGUGAGAGGCAGAAAAGGCAGAGGUAAGACCAAUGGUGGACAACAAGAAUCCACAUGGUACUAUGUCAGUGAUGCUCAUGUACGUGAGGUUUCUCUAACAGAAGUCCUCCGGAGUGAAGCCUAUAUCUUAUUCUAUGAGAAGGUUUGAUUUUCUUUUUUCUUUUUUUAUUUAUUUAUUUUUGUGAAAUUCUAUCUACAUUCAUGCUAUACUGAGUUUUGGUGCAAGUGUGCAACUGAACAACCUACAAAGUGGAGAGAGAGGGAGUUGAGAAUAUGAAGACAUGUAUAACCGAAACGAGUAAUUCCUCUUUCCAUGGGGGUGUUUUCUUACCGAUACAUAGAAAAUUAGUUAUAUUGGAUCAAUUUGUAAUUUUUGUGGGUAAUGAGGAGGAUACCCAUUUUUUGAUGUAUCAUGACAACACAGUUUUGUUUAUUUAGAUUUGUUACAUGGAAGAUUAUUUAUUUAA